AGAAAUGACCAAAUAAUGGCUAAACGAAGUUGUUAGUCUAGCCGGCUUGCAUUGUCUUUCAUUUUCUAAAUAAAAAUGGAAUGAGAAUGUCUAAUUACUGAAGAAUGAAAGGAUAAUUUUCACAUCAUAUUUUUCUUUUUCGGAACUUUUUUUUCAUUUUGGCUUUGCACUUCUUUAGGAGAACGAGAAGCAGACCUAAAAAUGAAUGAAGAAUUGAAAAACAAUUCAUGGAGAAAGUUUUGUAAUGUUGACCCUAAAGAAUCUUUCAAAAACUCUGACUUUGAAGUACCAAAAGAGAUGGAAUUUGUUGAAAAAAUCCCAGAGAAUGAAAAUGAGGCAGAUGAUGCUGGAGUCCAAGAAAACUUGUCUUAUUCUUUAUCCUUUUCGGAUUUAGACGUUGACUACGUUCCGUCCAGUUUUGAGAUCUCGAAUGAGGAUAAUUGCAAUUCCCAGGUUAGUGAAGCAUUCUCUGUAGCAUGUUACAUGUUUUUUUCAUUAUGGUAAUUUUUAUUCUCUCAUAUGCAUAUAUUAAUAUUUUGAGUAUGAUUCAACUAGCACUCCUCACUCGAAAAGUGCUAGUUGUAUUAUGUAAACUUCCAUACUGCCAUACUGGUAAAAUGGGGUGAGUAGAAACAAAAUAUUUUUUCUGAGGGAUCAAUGAACGCCAAGAGGUUUUCAAGAACGAAAACAACGGACUAUACGAAAACCAAACUUUCUACCAGUCGGUGGAGUGGGGAGCUUUUGAAAAAAACCUGUGUGGUAUUUCGAGCUUACAAGAUUACUUAGGGCUGAUUUCAAAAUACAACAAAGAAAAAAAUAUUGAUCAAAUUUUCGAAAAAUUGUUUUGAAAUGUUCAUUUGCGGUUUUGUAUAGAAUAAAGAACGAUCUUUUCCAAAAGCUCAAUACCCAAAAUGGACAACUCAGAGAAAAAAAUAUUGUGUUUUCGCUUUUUGAGUGCUCGUUCUAUUUAAACGAGUGCUAUAAUCGUUUUGCCUAAAUGUCUGUAAUUUUCGAUUUUCGAACCGAUAAUGGUCUCACCUCAAACAACAAGGUUCGAUUCACUGAUGAAGAAUCCGUAGUCAAAUUCAAUUUCGCCCGUAGGGCCGUCCGUUUACACGAUUACUGUCAAAGGAAAUGUCCUAGAGACUGGAAAUUUUCAGUACCGCGGUUGAGUUCGUUAACGACCAAAAUAAUCAGGGUGUUCCAUAAAAGUGGGCAUUCGAAAUUUUGUUCCCUCAAUAUCUUAGACAAUACUGAACCCAUCAAAUUGAAAUUUUGAGGUCAUUUGUACCAUAUCCAUUUCAAGCUUCAUACGAAAUUAUGUGGCAAUCGCUCUACCAGAACCAUAGAAAAUUCAAUUGAAAUAUCGAAAAAAAAUUCAAUUUUUUAACAACUAAAAUCAAUUGGCACA